UUUCUGAAACAGGCCCCAGGUGUCAUUGGUUUAUAAAAGACAAAGAGCUUUAUUACAAACGCGACAGCGACUACAAAAAUGUCGAUCAUAUAUUUCUUCUUCUUCUGUGUGUCAGAAGCAUAAAUGUACACAAGCGCCACCUUGUGUCUCAGAGUAUUUCUGUUAUUCAUUGCACCGUCUAAUAUCAGGGAGUGAAUUUGCACUUUCAUUCUGCUGAAAAUCUCCUGAAAAUCUCCUGGAUAUAAACUUCGAGAAACGUCCCGACUGAAGGAAUAAUAAUCAUCUGUCAUUCAGAGAUGUUUAUUCGUUUGAUGCUGCUCACUGUUUACUUUAUGGCAUCUCAGUCAGAGAGUUUAGAGGUUAUUGGUCCAAAAGCUACUCUUGUUGCUGUAGCUGGUGAAGAUCUGGUUCUGCCCUGUUUUAUCAAACCAAACACCAGUGCUGUGGACAUGACAGUGCAGUGGUUCAAACUAUAUGUAAAGGACUCAUUAGUGCAUCUCUAUAGGGAUCAUGAAGACAAAAAUGAAGAUCAGGCUCAGUCCUAUACAGGAAGAACAUCACUGUUUAAAGCGGAGCUACAGAAAGGCAACACUUCACUCAAACUCUCAGAUCUCAGAGUCUCUGAUGAAGGAGAAUAUAAGUGUCUUGUUGAGGACAAAUCCUGGUACGAUGACAUCACUGUGAAGGUCAUUGUAGAGGCUCAGGGAAGCCACCCAGUGAUAAUGAUGGAGAGUUUUGGUAACUCAGGAGGGAUUAAUCUAGUGUGUGAAUCCAGAGGCUGGAACUCUGAACCUGAUGUUCUGUGGCUGGACAGAGAAGGAGUCACUCUGACUGCUGAAGAUACACAGAUACACAGAGACACCAAGGGCUUCAGUGUGAAAAGCCGCAUCACUGUUUAUGAUUAUAGCGACUCUAACAGGUUUUACUGCAGACUUCAGCAACAACAUCACAUGAUGGAGACAGAGAUUAUCAUCAGAAGUAAAGUCUUUGGUGCUUGGAAGUGGAUUGUUGGGAUUUCAGUUUCAGCAUGUCUUAUUGCUAUUGGAUUGAUCGUAACUGCAGUUGUUUGUCACAAGAAAGAAAGGCAGAUACAGAGGCUGGAAGCUGUGAUGAAGACUGAGAAGGAGAAUGCAGAACUGCAGAGACUGAGUGUGGAAUAUGAGUUAUUAAAGAAGAAGAAAUAUGCAGUGGAUGUGACUCUGGAUCCUGAUACAGCUCAUCCUGAACUCAUCCUUUCUGCUGAUGGAAAACAAGUGACACAUGGAGACAUACGACAGGAUCUCCCUGAUACACCACAGAGGUUUGAUAGAAGGCCCAGUGUUCUGGGAAAGCAGGGUUUCUCCUCAGGGAGAUUUUAUUAUGAGGUGCAGGUCACAGGGAAAACUAAAUGGGAUGUUGGUGUGGCCACAGAGGACACUAACAGGAAGGGGUAUAUUACACUGACUCCUACGAAUGGAAUCUGGACUGUGGCACAGAGGAAUGAGAAUCAGUAUAGGGCUUGUGUUGGUCCCCCUGUCCCCCUCACACUGAGAGAGAAGGUGGAGGUUGUGGGGGUAUUUGUAGAUUAUGAGGAGGGUCUGGUCUCCUUUUAUGAUGUGAAGUCCAGAUCUCAUAUCUACUCUUUCACUGGUCAGUCUUUCACUGAGAAGAAACUUUAUCCAUACUUCUAUCCAGGUUUAAAUAAAGGAGGUAAAAAUUCAGCACCACUGGUCAUCUCUACCCAGAGGAAUGGAAAAUCAAACAUGAGAUCUCCUUCUCAACUCACAUCUUUCUCCUAGACAGAAAUGAGAUCAAGUGAACAUCAAACUGAGACAUAAGGCUAAGUCUCAUGCUUCUCACAUGUUUCUCCUGAGACAUAUAAUGACAUUCUUUCAUGUUUGUCUCCUCUAAAGCUUCAUAAGAGAUCUCAGCUACAUCACUCACUGUGCUCAGAUUAUUCUCCUUAACCAGAUACACUCACAUUCUCACAUUUAUCUCCUCUAAAGCUUCAUAAUAGAUCUCAGCUACAUCACUCACUGUGCUCAGAUUAUUCUCCUUAGAUAGAGACUCUCACACUCUUACAUUUAUCUCCUCUAAAGCUUCAUAAGAGAUCUCAGCUACAUCACUCACUUUGCUCAGAUUAUUCUCCUUAACCAGAGACACUCACACUCUCACAUUUAUCUAUUUAGGCCUGGUCCUUUCUCGUCCUUGACUGGUGUCGCUAGUCCUUAUAUGCCUCCAAACUCCCUCAUGAGAGGACUCGAGACCGGUGUGACUCGCAGGUGACGCUCCUCCUACGUCUCUCGCUCGUCUACCUCAUGAAAAUGUAUGAUGUAAAUGGUUGUUAAACUUAAGAAAUUAAAAUUUCCAUACGUGUGUGGAUAUAUGUCGUAGAGUAAAUAUAUGUUCAAUACAUUUUUACACAUCCAAUACCAAAUCUUAUCACAUUUACAUCUAUAUAAUAUGAAGUAUAUUACUGGAUAUAAAAUGACAUAUAUUGUCACAUAUAAGUAAAUAUAUUGUCACAUUUUUCAAUAUAUGAA